AUGGAGGAUCUUUCCAGUAUCUCGGAGGUUCCUGGAGACGUUAAUGCAUCCAAGGACAAUUCCAAGAAGGAUCCCGUCGCUCCGGCCAACAUCCCCCCUCCUAAAACUGACAAACCACGUCCCCAUGGUUGUACGACGUGCGGUCGGUCGUUCGCUCGACUAGAACACCUCAAGCGUCAUGAGCGUUCUCACACGAAAGAAAAGCCAUUUGAAUGUCCAGACUGCUCGCGGUGUUUCGCUCGCCGAGAUCUUCUUCUCAGACAUCAGCAAAAACUGCACAUGACAACAACGCCUUCUUCGCGGCCCAGGAAUGCUCGCAGAGAAAGCACUGGCGCUGCUGGGACGGGGGCUGGAGCUGGAGCAAACCGUGUUCGCAAGAACUCCAUAGCCAGUAACUCUAGUAAUAUGCGCCCGCGGGCGAACACAAUCAGUCACAUUGAGGGUGCCGCGAUCGGGAUCGCGAAUAACACCAAUCCCGUGUCCGGAGCGGCUGGCCAUUCUGGCGGCCAUGCCUACCAUCCCAGUCUCGGUUCUUCCGUGGGCUCGAGCAUCGACUAUCGGGGCUACUCCUCCACCCACCAACCUGCUGUCAACGGGCUAGCAAAACUAGAAACGCAUGGGCUUCCCGUGGACCUUUCGGGAGGCUUGCGCACGGCGCCGGUCUACGGCAGCUUCGACUUCAACAUUCCAGACUUCAUGAGCCACGGAAGCACCAUCAAUCCCGCCCAGCUCCACUUUGGAGGUUCCCCGCAAACCUACGGGAACGACGCCCCCUCUUCCCCGUACGGUACCCACCAUAUGCCUCACGGGAACGACGCUAUCAUGGAGGACGACUACCACUUUGAUUGGAUGCAGAGAUUCGACCCAGCACUUCCAAUGGGUAAGAACAAUGAAUCUGCGAUCGAUGAGUCCUCGCCCUCGGCCAUGAGCACGGGUAGUCAGAGUGGAAUCAGCGAGCCCAUGAUGGAUGGAUCCAACCAGUUCUCAAUGCCGUCUGUGAGCUGGCAGUCUCAGUUUCCACCCCAUCCGGCGGUUGCCAGGCAAUUCUCCGAUUACACAACUAGCUUUAACGAUCUAGGCAUCCCACCUGAAACCGUUUCUCCCAAGUCCCUGAUGGCUCAAACCCCAUUCGCUGAGGCCUAUGCCACUCCUCCAUCCAUGACUUCGGUGGGCCAGCCCAUGCUAGGAGCACAUUCGCAGAGCAGUAUGUUUUCAUCCUCCAUGGCAACGAGCGCAGAUCCUCCUAAUCCUUUCAACCUACCUUUCGCGAAUAGUGCCCUACGAACUCACCAUGCCCCAGCCUCAACCGAUACCUUUACAGACUCCACACGACGGGCUCUAUUAGCCAGCAUGGCGCAGCCCGCAGGGUUCAGUCACCGCAAGUACUCUCAACCGGCUACCGAAAUGAUUCAAUAUCGCGAUCUCUACUCCCGUUUUUCCAGCCUCACCUCCGCCAGUCAAUUGCCUAGUACCGCAGAUAUGCAGCGAUUUAUCUCGGCGUACAUUACCUAUUUUCACCCUCAUCUACCGUUCCUUCAUAUCCCUAGUCUCAACUUUCAAGCGCCCGAGUAUACGAAUAAUCUGCGCACGCCCAGCGGCCACCUCAAUCUCAGUUCCACGGGCGUUGCUGGUGGUGGGGGCUGCUUGAUUCUCUCCAUAGCAGCAAUUGGCGCGCUAUACGAGCUUGACACAGCCGCCUCCAAGGACCUAUUCGAAGCCUCCAAGAAGAUGAUCCAGCUGUAUCUGGAGGAGCGUCGAAAGGCCGAUAUGUCCACUGCUGUUUCUCGCUCUUCCAAUACCCGCGAUAAUUCUGUCCACAACACUCCGCUUUGGCUUGUCCAGGCGAUGCUACUCAAUGUCGUUUAUGGCCAUACUUGUGGCGAUAAGACGUCCGCUGAUAUCGCAAGUACUCACUGCGCGGCCUUGGUCAGUCUUGCCCGGGCGGCCGAGUUGACUCGUCAUAUCGAUGCAAAGGACCUUCCUCAAGACUACUUGCACGCCGGCUUUGCAGGUGGCACCGAUUCGCAGGGCCAGGAUUUCGAGUCAGAUUCCUGGGCCCAGCCAUUUGGUCCUCCGAAAGAAAAGAAAGAUUGGUUGGAUUGGAAAAUCGUCGAGGAACGUAAGAGGACGCUCUUUGCGAUCUUCGCCGCCUCUUGUUUCCUUGUCUCGGCGUACAACCAUGCACCUGCUUUGACCAACUCGGAGAUUCGCCUGGACUUACCUUGUGAAGAAGACAUUUGGGCGGCGGAAUCUCCACAGGCCUGGAAGCAGAUGGGCGGUCAUCUCUCCUCGGAGAAGAAUGUUGCUUUUUCGUCCGCGCUUACUACGCUGUUGACUGCCGGUCGUCGCGCUCAGGGUUCCGCUGCUCCCUCAGACAAGAACGGCGAUCUCAGGCCGAGUUCUUUUGGCUGCUUUGCAUUGAUAUAUGCCAUUCACAACUACAUUUGGGAGACACGCCAACGCCAUAUGGGUCGGCAAUGGACGACAAGGGAGACGGAUGCCAUGCGAGCGCACAUUGAACCCGCUCUUCGAGCUUGGCAGACUGCCUGGACAACAAAUCCAGUGCAUAGUCUAGAGCGACCCAAUCCGUACGGCGCCGGUCCUCUCUCGGCUGACAGCAUCCCUUUGUUGGACCUCGCUUAUGUUCGGCUCUAUGUCGACCUCGGCCGCUGCAAGGAAGCCUUCUGGCAGCGAGACUGGAAUGCCAUGGCGGAUGAGUUGGCCCGUGGAACAGACAUGGACAAUUCUCUAGAUGGGAUUCCAUCCGACGUCUUAGAUCCUUCGAUCAUCGAAGAUGGGGUUUCACUGGAUGCUCGGCGUGAUUCAAUAGCCUCUCUUGGCGUAGGGGAGCUUGCUAUAUCCCACACUCCUACACAAGAGCGUCCUAUCCAACCCCUUCUAGGCGUUUAUCGACCCGGACAAACAAAACGCGAAAGACUCCUUCGCAGGGCUGCCUGUUAUGCAGCUGAUUCAUUCGCCAUGUCUGACCAGCUAGGCAACACUUUUGCAGACUUUACUUGCCGCGAAUUGCCCCUUCAAAGCGCCAUGUGCACAUUCGACUGCGCCGAAGUUCUUGCUGAAUGGGCCACGACAGUACAGGAACGAGUUGGACCGUAUCUCGGAAUCUUGAGUCAGGACGACAUUGAUUUCGAAAAAGCAGCACAGAGCAUGCUUCUCGAGGACGAGGACUGCAAGCUCCUGCAAAAGAUGAGGGAUAUACUCGCGAGUAUUGAACAGAAGAUGCAGAAGGACAUUCCAAAUGGCGUGCCUGCCUCACAAGGGUUACCGGAGGCUGCGGAAGGCGGCUUUGGUUGUAAGAUACUACUUGCAACGGCCGGUCUCCUUGACAGGGCCUCCGUAUGGCCUGUGAUGAGACUCAUGGCUCGUUCUUUGGAAUCUCAAGCCAUGCGCUUGAAGGAGCGCGCGGAACACUCCGUCAUGGGAUCGGUAUCAUGA